AUGAUCAACAUCAGAAGAAAAGUCUCAAGCAAUGGAGGUACUGCCGGUGCAAGACUGAGUGCUGCCGAAAGAAUUGCGACCUGGAAAGCUGCAAAACGCGCCGUUUUGAGCGAGAAGAAACCAUGCCGCAUUCAAGGAUUUUGCUCCCCGAAAAUCUGCUGCGAAGGGACUUUCGCGCUUGCGUGGUGGAUGUCCUUUCGGGAUUUGCGGUGUGUUUCGCCGAAACUAUCGGUGUGUUGCGAUGUUCUUCUGCUCUAUUACUUUUGCAUGGCAUUCUAUCAGGGUUUAGUACUCUGCAGAGAAGAAGGUGCUUCUGCACUUUGGAGGGGUUGGUCGAGCAAACUUAUUCGUGAGAGGAAGUACCAGGAAGACAUGGAUAUACUGGUUAUAUGUAUGCUGAUGUUUUCUGUUCAAUUCUUCAGACAUUACACAUUCUACUCCGGAUCUCACGGGAUAUUACUCAAGGACAGAUAUAUAUCUACAGACAACAUCAAAAUAGACAGUGCCAGUGAUGAGCGAAUGACUCGGAGGGACCACUCUGAUGUGUCUAACCAGGCUGUGAAGAAACUUGGGAUUGCCAAUUUGUUUACUAGAAGUCUUCCUGUUCGGAUUGCAAUCGUGGGUCCUGUUGUUCGCCUGCAGUGGUUUUUGUAUGACAACAUCAAAAUGCUAAAUGGAAUAUUCCACAACUGCAAGAAUGUUCGUAUAGAGUCGAUUCGUAUUUUAGCUCCAGCAUUGAGUCCAAUACAGAUGGGAUUCAUAGAGACCACAGUCAAUGUGGGGAUAUACAAUUCAGUAAUAUCCAAUGUGAUGAUUGUCUCGAUGGGAUCUGGCCGCUAUGAUGUAGAUAUUAGGAAUAUAACAUGUGGUCCGAGCCAUGGGAUCAGAACACUACACGAAAAAGAUAACAAAGACGUACCUGAAACAACUGAAGCGCAAUAUUACCGGCAACAACACUCAAACCUCACGUUCGAAAUUCUUCCUAAUAAUGUACAUCGUGAUACCCAUUUCCUAUUGGGGCUUGAGUAUAAUAUAUCGGCCAUUGUGGACCGUAGAUUUGAGUUGGAUGUUGAUCGGUAUAGAGAGCUGGGGAGGAUUCAUUUGAGCACCUUCUUUUCUCUUACAUAUGGGUUUGGAUUUGCUACGAUUGCAUCUACCAUGACACAUGUUGAUUUGUUUUACGGAAGGGAGAUAUACGAACGAUACAGGGCAUCUUCAAAGGGCAAGAGUGACAUUUACACCAAACUCAUGAAGAAGUACAAAGAUAUACCUUGUUGGUGGUUUUAUAUUCUUCUUGCUUUGACAGUCAUGGUCUCGCUUGCCCUCUGCAUGCGUUUUCUUGAAAAAGGGAAUUCAGAUGCCGUUUUGGGCCCUUCUGCGAGCAAAGCCGCGAGCUACGAAUGUUUGUAUUAG